AUGGCCUGGCAGCCUGCGUUUGCGUCGGGCUCCCUGGCCCACUACUCCAGCCUCAUGGACUCGUGCGCGGUGCGGCUGUGCGACAUGCUGGAGGGGGCGGCCAAGGAGGGGCGCGAGGUGGACAUCUUCCGCGCCCUGGGCACCAUGACCAUGGGGGUGGUGGGCAGCACUGCGUUUGGCAUUGACUUUCACACGCUGGACGACCCUGACUCACCCUCUGCGGAAGAAGGUCUCCGCCUGGUUAAGGCCAGCCAGACCGUGUUCUCGUCCGCUUCACUGGUGGCCGGGACCCUCUACCAGCCGCUGAUGCUGUUUUUCCCCAAGGCCGCGCCUUUUGUGCAGUGGCUGGCGCGCACCCUGCCAGACAAGAAGCUGUUGCAGGUGUCCCAGGCUCGCGCAACCGUCCGCGAGGUCGGCUACGGCCUCAUCCAGAACUGGCGCUCCGCCCACCCCGGCCAGGCUGCGGCCGGCGCCGACAAGGCCGGGCCGCCGGCCGCGGCCAAGGCGGACGCCACGCUGGAGGAGCUCCAGGGGGAGGCCCCCGGCCUGCUGGUGCAGGCGGCCGCGCGCGCAGGCGCGCCCAAGGCUACCUUUGGCGGCGCUGACGCCGCCAGCGGCAUCAACAUCGUCGGCACGGCCAAGCGGGGAGCGACGGACGUGGAGCCCGGCAGCUUCCUGGGCCUGCUGCUGCGCGCGCGUGACCAUGCCAGCGGGGCGGCCAAGUUUUCUGACGCGACCAUCACCGCCCAGGCCUCCACCUUCAUCCUGGCGGGCUACGAGACCACGGCCAACGCGCUGUCCUAUGCGGUGUACAACAUCGCCCUCAGCCCCCGCGUCCAGGAGCGCCUCCUUGCAGAGAUUGACGCCUUUGGACGCACCCGCCAGGUCACGCACGCAGACCUGGGGGAGUUCCCCUACGUAGAGGCGGUGGUCAAGGAGGCCCUGCGCCUCUACCCCCCGGCCACAAUGACGAGCCGUGUCGUGUCCAAGCAGGAAGGCAUGUAUCUCGUGCCGGGUGUCACGGUCGAGAAGGGCGCCAACCUCUUCACCGCGCCCUACUGCUAUCAGAGGGACGAGGCCUACUGGCCCCGCCCCCUGGAGUUUGCCCCCGAGCGCUUCCUGCCAGAGGGCUCCGCGCUGGCUCCCGCCACCGACGACGCGUGGACGCCGUUUGGCGCGGGGCCGCGGAUGUGCAUCGGGUGGAGGUUUGCACUGAACGAGGCCAAGAUCGCGCUGGUGCGGCUGCACCAGCGCUUCAGCUUCGAGCUGCGGCCCGGGCAGGUGCCCCUCAAGCUGCGACUGGGCAUGACCCUCUCGCCGGUUGACGGCGUCUGGGUGCGCCCGAUCGCCCGUGGUGGCGAGGGCGAGGCGCUGGAUGUGCCGCCGUCGGCGGCCGCUUGA